AUCUUUAUAGUGGUAAUAUACUUGUUGAUCAUUACUAUGAUAUAAAAAUAGAUUUUGGAAUAAGCGAAUCAGCAAAUUUGAUAACAGAUACGAAAGAGAUAUAUGGAGUAAUUCCAUAUAUUGCACCUGAGAUAUUUAUUGGAGGAAAAUAUAUGAUAGCAUCAGAUGUUUACAGUUUUGGAAUGAUUAUGUGGGAAAUGACAACUGGCCAAAAGCCUUUUUAUGAUC